CUGCGAGCGUCUCGGCACGUCAGUCAUGGACAGGUUGUGUCCUGUCGCGUCAGGUGCGAUCCGGCGUUUGCGGCGUUUGCACUGCUUCGUACACGGUGGCUGACGGGGCCGCGAAAGAGCGACGGACAUGAACAGAGCGCAGGGAAAGUCUGUCGAAGAGGACGACGCUAAUCUCUUCAAUCCCACUAUAUUGGACAGAUUGCCGAUAUCGCACGUUGCUGGGCUGCUCAUAAGACCACUGAAAAGUACGGAUUAUGACAAAGGCUUCUUAGUCCUCCUGUCGCAAUUGACAGACGUCGGAAAUGUCACCAAGGAACAAUUCUUGAAUAGAUUCUACAGCAUGAAGGCUGCCGGCGGUUACUACGUCGUCGUCAUCGAGGAUGUAAAUUCUGGGAAGGUGAUAGCGUGCGCCUCGCUAGUCGUGGAGCAGAAGUUUAUCCACAAUUGCAGCUUGCGAGGACGCCUGGAAGACGUUGUGGUUAACAACAAUUACAGAGGCCAAUCGUUGGGAAAACUCGUGGUGACAAUCGUAGUGCAAUUAGCGCGAUACUUCCAUUGUUACAAAUUAUCUCUGGAUUGCGUAGAUCGUCUGGUGCCGUUCUACGAGAACAUAGGCUUCAAGCGGGAGACUAACAACGCCAAUUAUCUCAAUAUGCGCUUCCACGGCGAAAAUGCCACUGAACAGUCUCAUUUAUAGUAACUCGCUUGUCAUGGCCUUAUCUACCGGUAACGAUAAUCAAGUACUUAUUCGUGGUACGGUACGCUGAGCUGAAAUAUAACGUUACAUCCCUCUAAGUUAUAUUCGAAGGACAUUUGGAUACAAAUGCUCCUUUGUUAAACAAAAUUGUAUGUUCUCUCUAUGAAGAAAAUCUCAUUAUUUUAUGAAAGAAUUUUUUUUAGGAGAAAUCGAUAUGCUUCUUUUUAUGUAUAAGAGAGAAAGUUUAUCGUACUAACGUUUGCGCGACUUGAAAUUAAUUAUUUUAUAUUCUUUUUCCUUCUUCCUCGUGUAUUAGGCUUAAAGUUUUAUCCAGUUCGUUCUGGUACGCCGAGCAUUUGGUUUUAUACUUGAUCUUCGGUAGGCUGGAGGACUAUACCCCUAAAGGGGUACGUGUGGUGGUUGCCACCACUUCUCUCUGAGAGGUGGCGUCUGAAAAAAACCAGCGGCGUUCGCGCCACAUGUUCUUUUUUACCUGUUAUUAAUACAAGUAUUAAUGGGCGUGUUCGCGCGCGUGUAUCAAUUUUAUGAAAAAUGGGGCCCUACGUGCAUAUAAAAUACACUGUCGUAUUAUAUCAUAGACUGUAUAGGUUGUAAAAAAUAUUAAUUGUUAAAUAAAUAAUUAACUUUUACU